AUGAAAAAUUGCUGUAUUAUGUGGUGUAAGAAGGACUCUAUUGUUUUUAAAUUUUCUUUUAAUUUAUAAAAAAAUAUUUAUUAUUCUACUACUAAAUAAAUAUUUCUAACUUUGAAUGAUAUAAUUAAUUAAUUAUUCAUGAAUAGAUAGCUAGUUUUUCUAAAAAUUUUAAUUUUUCUAUUAAAUAAAAAAAGUCCCUAAUUAAAAAAGAUUAAAAAGAGUAAAAUAAAUUUUAAUAAAAGGUGUGUUAGAAAAUUGAUGUUAAAAAAAAUUGUUUUGAUAAAUAAUUAAAAAUGUAAAAAAUUUGUUUAUGAGAAAAGAAAAAAAGAAAUUAAAAGAAAAGAAAUUUUAUUUUAAUUAACUGAAUGUACAAUAAAUAAUACUUUUCAAUCAAAUCAGCAUACAUAUAUAAUAUAAAUGUUAAGUAAGAACUCUACUAUAUUAAGCUAACAAUCAAAUUAGUAUUAUAAUUAAUCUUUUCUUUGA